GCGCGGGGUCGCGGCUGCGAAGGAGCGGGCUCGCGGCGGGUGGCAGCGCGUGUGUGCGGUCCCUUCGACGCUCGGUGCCCCACGCGUGUCCCGGAGAGGCUCAGCCCGGAGCGACCCGGAGGACGGGCUGGUGGACGGACUCGGGGGGUGGCUGCCAGGCUGGGCUCUGAGCGGCGCGGCGGCACAUCGCGGGAGCCGGGAAGCCUUUGAGCACCGCGGCUCCUCCUGACCCUCGGGACCGGGCGCGGCUAGCGUGCGGGUUUCUCCUCCGCGACUAGCCCGGGCAGCCCCGCGUCCCCUCUGUCGCCCGCACCUGCGCGUCGCGGUCGGUCCCGCCCUCGGCGGCGGCGGCUCACCUGGGCGCAGCGCGGGCAGGGCGCCGCCUCCGGGACGCAGGUGGAGCGGCCAGGGCGCGGGCACCAUGAGCAGCGGCGCCAACAUCACCUAUGCCAGCCGCAAGCGGCGCAAGCCGGUGCAGAAAACAGUAAAGCCCGUCCCCGCUGAAGGAAUUAAGUCAAAUCCUUCUAAGCGACACAGAGACCGACUGAACACAGAGUUAGACCGCCUGGCCAGCCUGCUGCCCUUCCCACAAGAUGUUAUUAAUAAGCUGGACAAACUCUCUGUCCUUAGGCUCAGCGUCAGCUACCUGAGGGCCAAGAGCUUCUUUGAUGUUGCACUAAAAUCUACCCCUGCUGACAGAAAUGGAGGCCAGGACCAGUGUAGAGCACAAAUCAGAGAGUGGCAGGAUUUGCAAGAAGGAGAGUUCUUGUUACAGGCGCUGAAUGGCUUCGUACUGGUUGUCACAGCAGAAGCCCUGGUCUUCUAUGCUUCCUCCACUAUCCAAGAUUACCUGGGCUUUCAACAGUCUGACGUCAUCCAUCAGAGCGUAUAUGAGCUCAUCCAUACAGAAGACCGAGCAGAGUUCCAGCGUCAGCUUCACUGGGCUCUAAACCCCUCACGGUGCACAGACUCUGCACAAGGUGUGGAUGAAGCCCAUGGCCCUCCACAGCCAGCAAUCUAUUAUAACCCAGACCAGCUUCCUCCAGAGAACGCUUCUUUCAUGGAGAGAUGCUUCAGGUGCCGGCUGAGAUGCCUGCUGGAUAAUUCAUCUGGUUUUCUGGCAAUGAAUUUCCAAGGGAGGUUAAAGUAUCUUCAUGGACAGAACAAGAAAGGGAAGGACGGAGCACUACUCCCUCCACAGCUGGCUUUGUUUGCAAUAGCUACUCCACUUCAGCCACCCUCCAUCCUGGAAAUUCGAACCAAAAACUUCAUCUUCAGGACCAAACACAAGCUAGACUUCACACCUAUUGGUUGUGAUGCCAAAGGGCAGCUUAUUCUGGGCUAUACAGAAGUAGAGCUGUGCACAAAAGGAUCGGGCUAUCAGUUCAUCCAUGCUGCAGACAUGCUUCAUUGUGCAGACUCCCAUGUCCGCAUGAUUAAGACUGGAGAAAGUGGCAUGACAGUUUUCCGGCUUCUUGCAAAACACAGUCGCUGGAGGUGGGUCCAGUCCAAUGCACGCUUGAUUUACAGAAAUGGAAGACCAGAUUACAUCAUUGCGACUCAGAGACCACUAACGGAUGAAGAAGGACGAGAGCAUUUAGAGAAGCGAAGUAUGACGCUGCCCUUCACGUUCGCUACGGGAGAGGCCGUGUUGUACGAGAUCUCCAGCCCCUUCUCUCCCAUAAUGGAUCCCUUACCAAUACGCACCAAAAGCAACACUAGCAGGAAGGACUGGGCACCCCAGUCGACCCCAAGUAAGGAUUCUUUCCGCCCCAGUUCUCUUAUGAGUGCCCUCAUCCAGCAGGAUGAGUCCAUCUAUCUCUGUCCCCCUUCAAGCCCUGCCCCGUUAGACAGCCAUUUCCUCAUGGGCUCCGUGAGCAAGUGCGGUAGUUGGCAAGACGGCUUUGCAGCCGCAGGAAGUGAGGCUGCGCUGAAACAUGAGCAAACUGGCCAUGCUCAGGACGUGAACUUUGCACUCUCUGGCGGCCCCUCGGAGCUCCCGGAUAAUAAAAACAAUGACUUGUAUAGCAUCAUGAGGAACCUGGGGAUUGAUUUUGAAGACAUCCGAAGCAUGCAGAAUGAAGAGUUCUUCAGAACUGACUCCUCGGGUGAGGUUGACUUCAAAGACAUCGACAUAACAGACGAAAUCCUGACCUACGUGCAAGAUUCUCUGAACAAUUCAACUUUGCUGAACUCGGCUUGCCAGCAACAACCUGUGACUCAGCACCUGAGCUGUAUGCUGCAGGAGCGCCUGCGGCUAGAGCAACAGCAGCAGCUUCAGCAGCCCCCGACUCAGGCUCUGGAGCCCCAGCAGCAGCUGUGUCAGAUGGAGCACCCCCAGCAAGAUCUGGGUCAGAAGCACAUGCAAGUCAACUGCAUGUUUGCAAGUUGGAACCCUACCCCUCCAGUGUCUUUCAGCUGCCCCCAGCAGGAACUGAAGCACGAUAAUCUCUUUUCCAGUUUACAGGGGACUACUCAGGAAUUUCCCUACAAAUCAGAGGUGGACAGUAUGCCUUACACACAGAACUUUGCUCCCUGUAAUCAGCCUCUGCUACCAGAACAUUCCAAGGGUGUGCAGUUGGACUUCCCUGGAAGGGAUUUUGAACCGUCCCUGCAUCCCACUACUUCUAAUUUAGAUUUUGUCAGUUGUUUACAAGUUCCUGAAAACCAAAGUUAUGGGAUAAACUCACAGUCAGCCAUGGUCAGUCCUCAGGCAUACUAUGCUGGGGCCAUGUCCAUGUAUCAGUGCCAGCCAGGGCCGCAGCACACCCCUGUGGACCAGACGCAGUACAGCCCUGAAAUUCCAGGUUCUCAGGCAUUCCUAAGCAAGUUGCAGAGUCGGGGUGUUUUCAAUGAAGCCUAUUCGUCCGACUUGAGCAGCAUUGGCCACGCUGCUCAGACCCCUGGCCACCUCUAUCACCUGGCAGAAGCCCAGCCUCUCCCUGAUAUCACGCCCGGUGGAUUCCUGUAGCUCCCAUGCCAGGACGAAACUCAUUCAGGAACCGGGUACCACAACUGUGAUGGUUGGACAUCAGUACACUUUCUCCAAAACAGAUCUCAAUCCUUGUGUGUAGAGGAGUUUAAAACCGUACCUGAGAUGUAGGUAUAGAUGCUACCUAUACGAUGGGAGAGCUCCGAGGGAGCACAGGGAGGGGUUCCAGCACCUCAGAGUGCACAGUGUUUACUGUGGAAAACUCUCGGAUUCCCUGCUCAGUAACUUCAGCAGGAAAAACAGGGAGGUAUUUUGAGCUUUGAACUUCUGGAUUCUUGUUAGUAUACCAAAUACAGAGUUACAGGACUAAUCGAUUUCCUAUAUUUUUAACCUCUGUUUUUGUCCCAGAAGUUAAAGUAAACUGUUUGGUGCUUUUCUCAAAAGAAAAUCUCAAUGUUUUCCUUCUGCACUGUUAAUAUAAGUGCCUCACUUUUUUUUGUUUGUUUGUUUGUUUUCUGUUUUUUCUUUUUCUAUCUACCAGUAACACAAUAGGAUAUGUAUUUUAUAUGAAAUAUUUUUAAUCUUUUUUGAAUUAAUAUUCUUUCUGCACAAAGAAAGUUUCCCAAAUCCCAACCUUUUUUAUGAACCCAGGUGUGUGUUUACUGCACUACUCAUCCCUUUUCUUCAGAUAAAGGGUAAAUGAUAACUCAAAGUUAACUAUUUAUUGUGUAAUAGACUUGCUUGUGGGCGUUAGCUGUUCCUCUGUGCCUUAUGUUGAAAAAUUUGAAAAAUAACAUGUUGCCAAAAUUAUUUAAUUAUUGCAUACUAUUAGAGAGUAGCACUCGUAUUUCAACAGUGUUUUCUGAGAAGUGAGAUAACGCUGCUGCCGAAGGUUUCCCAGAAACCUCCAUGACAAGAUCAGAAGGCCACCAUAGAAAGUGCUAAAGGUGGCUGUGUCCAUUGAGCUGCAGUGAAGGGUGGUGGGGUUUGUCAAGCCUGUUAGCCCUGGUAAGCAGAGCACUCGUUUCACUGUGUUCGAAUUAUCUUUAAAAACUGUCUCGAAUCUGUAAUCCUGUUUGUGAUAUUGACUUUAUAAAUUCCACUUCUUAUACUAGUGGAAGUUAUUCAUUUUUCUCAUAUUUGAGGAGUGUUAAGAUGGAAGAUGCCGUGUCAGGUGCAAGGCGUUUUAACGACUGAAAUGAAUGGUGCAUUGUAUAAAUGUAACGAACAAAAUAAUCUGUAAAAUAUUCUCAGUUUUCAUUUAAGAAUACUUCUGACCUCAUAGGCAUUUCUUCAGUGUAUCUUGUAAAGAAAUCAAAUAAUGAAUUGAAGCUUUUAAGCUGGCAUUAAGAUAAAGAUGAAUACAAUUUGUUCACCUCCAUACCUUAAGUUGUUUAUGAGAUACAACCUUUGCUGCCAAUAUGGCAAAUUUGUCAAUCUGCCAAAGGCACUGUUCUCACAUGGCUUAAAGAAAAAUUUCUGGUGUCUGCCAUUGUCUCUGUCCUUGCUUAGAUAUGACAUAUGAAGUUUGUGGACCUGUAUCUGUUUUUCAUAUAUUGUAUAAAAAGCUGAUGAGAUCCCAAACCAAGAUGUAUUCAAAGACAGCAGUGGUUCUCAACCUGAGAUUCGUGGCUCCCUUUGGAGAUGGAAUGACCCUUUCACAGGGGUCGCCUAAAACCAUUGGAAAACACAGAUAAUCUGCAUCACGAUUUAUAACAGGAGGGAAAUUACAGUUUUAAAGUAGCAGUGAAAAUAAUUUUAUGGUUGGGGUCCCGAGAAACUGUAUUAAAGGGUCACAGCAUUAGAAAGGUUGAGAGCCGCUGAAAUGCAGGUUCUUUUCUUUUUCCUUUUAGAAAAUUAAUGUAUGUAAACAUGCCUUUGAGUAAAAGGAUCUCAUACUUCUAUGCAUUUUUCAGUCAAAAUUCUGAACCUUUAGGGUUAAGCAUUGAAAAACAACUGUCUAAAACAUUUCACAAUUUGCUUCCAGCAUGAGGUGUCACCAAGGAUUUAGACUGGUAGUCUGAAUUAGUAUCCCACUUUUCUAUGUAAACUUUUCAUUAAAAGUUAUCAUAGAAA